AGGUAAGAGACCUGGCCUCCGGUUGGCUGUGAGGGUGGAGGCCAGGGCUGGGCCAGGGCGUCCUAUGGGAACAGGAGGCUGCCCGGCUGGUGCCCACAUGAAGCAGAGGUGCCUGGACCCUGGUGUCUUCCUGUACCCUCCCUCCCAGGUCUUCAUGCACCAGCCCCACAGACCCAGUGCCUGACCUCUGGGGUAGGUUCCUGGGGCUGGAACCCCACGAAUGGGGUGUCCCAAGGCAGGCUGUCCACUGCGGGCUUCCCUCUCGCAGGAUGCUACGGCCAGAGGGCCCCCAGGCCUCGGGGGAGGGCGGCCCCCGGAGGAUGACUGCAUCGUCUGCUGCUCGGCUUAUGACCUCUCCGGGCACCUGCCCCGCCGCCUCCACUGCGGGCACACCUUCUGCCAAGCGUGUGUGCGGCGGCUGGAUGCACCGGCGCCCGAGCAGCGCUGGAUCCCCUGCCCGCAGUGUCGCCAGAGCACGCCCACUCCUCGAGGAGGGGUGGCUAUGCUGGACCUGGACCUGGCUGCUUUCCUGGCAGUCAAGGCUGAGCGGGAGCUGGCAAGAGUGGAGCCCCUGCCCCUCACCUCCCUCAAAGGCAGCACCAUCACUCAGCAGCCAGUGGGGCUGUGCCCUGCCUUGGGCCCCCAGCCCCACUUCCCUCGGCCCAGACACUGCUGCUGGGGCUGUGGCCGCCUCUGCUGCCCACCCCCAGGCAGCCCUGAGGUCUGA